AUAAAUUACUUUUUCGUAGCAGGUUAGGGGAACUUCCGUAUCAUGUUUGAAUAAUUCGCGUAGCCGGUUGGGAUUAUUAGGUUCGCGAAAAUGCUCUUCUGACCUGCUACAAAAUGUCCCUUCCGGUCGUAGCCAUAGACAAAAGUGGGUCAUGUCUAGAAGGGAUCCAGCUUUUGUCAAAUUUACUUCAAACGUAUUUUUGUUGUUGUUGUGGCAUUUUACCUAAUCUUAACCUGCCACAAUUAUUAUCAUAACCUGCUACGUAUGUUCUCCUAAGUGAAUGAACGUAGCAGUUUAGGAAAAUUAGGUUAGGGAAAGGGUUAGCUAAAAUUCGAUCAUAACCUGCUACAAAAAGUAACUUCCGUCCAUAGCUGCAUUCUAUCUAGUAACAACUGCAAACUCCGCUUUCGUUGCUGUACGAUGGUGAAACGAGCACACCUGAGUAACGUGUACAUUUUUGUUUCCCAAUCACGCGAAUGAGGAGGGGACUAAAUUCGGAUGACACAUGAAAAUGUAACAACAAACGGGGGGGAAAAAAACCUUCUGGACCAUGCUAGCAAAGAUACUGUUCUGUGACGCUAAUACAUGCUAAUACUAGCUAGCAUGAUGAGACCAAAGAGAACCUGUUGUGUCGGUGUAUGUCGUGCUUGUGGGGAAAACAUUUCCAAUAGAAUAUACGUGCACAAUCUCUUCAGUCAGUUCGAAGGUCAAUGUUUGAAACCAUUUGACUACACCACAGCAUUGGAGGACCUCACUGGACCAAUUUCUCAGGACGAUGCCUUACCACACAUCAUUUGCGAAACGUGUCGUAAACUUCUUAAAAGGUACUACAAAAGCUUUUGCGAUGUGGAGAAAAUUGGCAGUAUAUUUCGAGAAAGUGCUCAGAAGCAGAGGGAGAGUCACUCUCUUGCAUGGCGAACUCGGGACGCCCAACAAGGUGAGAUUAGUAUCACCCCGUUUCCCCACGAGAGAAUAACAGACGCGUGUAAGGUUACCCCGCGAGAUUUGACCGUAACGUUAGUAGUUGUGCCAAAGAGCGAGAACACAGGCGAAGAAGCCACACCACAUCCCAACAACGAUAACAUCAAACCUGAGCCUGCAGAAAUCUCAGUAUACCUGGAAGAAGAUAUGGAGCAGGAUCCACAGUCUGGCGAUGAUGCUGCUUCUUUGAAGCUAAGCCAGGUGAGUGUGCCAACUAAAUACAUCCUUACUGGACCCAUGGAGAAACUUGUGGAUAACAUGUUAAAUGGACAAUUCUUCAGUGCAGCAAAGGCAAUAAUGGAUAUUCCUGAUUUGGCUUCCCUUGUCACUAAAGAGGUUUUGAACCAAGUUGUCAAAGAAUGCAAAGAGCUCACUAGCGUUCCAUUCAACUCCAUACUUAGACAGACCAGUCCUUCCUCUCUGGAAGCCUUCAGAUGGGACACUGUUUUUACUGAAUGGAAGACAACCGCACCCACGUUCCUUAGGUUUCUGGAGUCCGCAAGCACAUCUACGUGGGUUUCUGCCCUGACCAAAGAACGUGCACAGAGAAAGAACUUCGCCAUAGGCAUGGCUGGAGCCACUCUUCUCAAGGUACGUUGCGGCAGGAUGAGUGCACCCAUGUAUCGGAACUCGCUUAUCAUGCACCAGGCUCAGAAGAAAAAGUGCUUCAAUAGGUUUGCCAGACUUGGUGUCUGUGUUACAAAGCAAAGCAUGCUUCAUCUGUUGAGAAGAGUGAGGGCAUCGGAAGAAGUAACCAGGACUCCCUCUGCAGGUGAAGACCACAACUACGACUCAGUAGCGCCAAGAAGAUCCACAGAAAAUACUGACAGACAGCAGGAGGACCCAGAGCCCACAGCGACUGAGAAGCAGCAGGAACCAAGGACCAGUCUGGGGGAAGAGCAGCUUCCAGACUCUGGAACGACAGAGUCCACAACAGUCACAUGCACUCCUCUCUUUCGGAGCAAAAACCAUGGUCAGGGCCCAUCCAAAUGCCAGGCCAGGCCCAAACCUCAGCCUCAGCCCGAACAUCAGCCUCAGGCCCAGCCUCAGCCCGAACAUCAGCCUCAGGCCCAGCCUCAGCCCGAACAUCAGCCUCAGGCCCAGCCUCAGCCCCAACAUCCGCCUCAGCCCCAGCCUCAGCCCCAACAUCAGGCCCAGCCUCAGCCCCAACAUCAGGCCCAGCCUCAGCCCCAACAUCAGGCCCAGCCUCAGCCCCAACAUCAGGCCCAGCCCAAGCCUCAGCCCAAACCCCAGCCCUUCCCCACAACCUUUCUCCUGGCCCAACCCUUCCAAACAGCACAGAACCAAACUGUUAUGUUGUCUAAACAGAAUGGCCCCCUGAUGAUAUUUACACUUCCCUAUGUGCAAAGCCCUGCAGCUCAAAGUGAGGAAGUCAAAGGUGUGGAAAGCACUACGUUGCACAACUACAACGUUCCUUGUUCUUGCCAGGUGUGUGGGCAAUCAUUUGACUUCACGCGUCAUUUGAUAAGACAUGUUCAGAUGCACUUAGCGGAGCAAAACCGUUUGUGUGGUUUGUGUGGGAAGGUCCUUGGGCCUGCAGAGAACAUGGCGGUUCACCUGCAAACUCACAGUCUAAUGAGAACUUUUUGUCAUAUUUGUGGCAAAUGUUUCCCUAAGAAUUCUGAGCUGAAAUACCAUAUAAGUAUUUAUCACUAUGUUGAGAAGCCACAUCUGUGCGAAGUGUGUGGCAAAACCUUCAGACAUGGCAAGGCCCUUAAAGAACAUCAUACGUCCGCUCACAUAGAGGGACGAGAUAAGCCAUAUAAAUGCCAUUUGUGCCGAAAAGGCUUCUCAGGGGAAAGACAAGUUAAACUCCACCAGUUAACUCAUACUGGAGAGAAACCGUUUCAGUGUGAAGAUUGUGGCAUGUGCUUCAGGGAGAAGAACACUCUUAAAGGGCACAUGAGGACUCACACAGGGGAGAAACCAUAUAAGUGCAGAGAGUGUGGAAAAUGCUUUAGAUUGUUAGGUGCUUUAAAAUGUCACCUACUAACUCACACUGGAGAGAAACCGUAUCGCUGCAACGUCUGUGGCAGAUGCUUCAGUCAGUCCUCAUCCCGCAAGACUCACAUGAAAACUCACAAAAUGGCUCACGCACCACAGAGUGCAGAGAGACCACAGAGUGCAGAGAGACCACAGAGUGCAGAGAGACCACAGAGUGCAGAGAGACCACAGAGUGCAGAAAAGGCUUUGUCGGAGUAGGAUCUCUAAAAUGCUGGUCCAAUGGAGAGACACCAUAGCUUAGAUCCCCCUCACAACACAUAUGAACAUUUACUAAAGGGAGAACCCACAACAUGCCUUAGAAGUUGUAAAAGUGGCCUGUUCUGACAUGUUUUAGAAGACAAAGACAUGCCUCUAAAGUCACUUCUCUUGUUUAAAUACAUUGUGAAUUAGCAGUUUGAAAACAUCGCUUAAGGACUUAGACUGACUCUCCAACAUUCCACAGUACAUGUCAUUUUCACAAACAGGAGUCGACAGCAUAUGGUCAACUUGUCUGUCCCAAAUUGUUAUGAGACUGCCGACUAGUCCCUAAAAUGUGUUAGUCUCACAGUUACAGAUUGAUUCAUUUCUUUAUGUUUUGGUUAAAAAUGAUUGUGUAUUGUAGCUGCCAGAGGAUAACACAAUAAAAUAUUUUGUACUGUUUUUCAACCACAGAAGGGACACUUCUCAUAAUAAUGAGAAUGCAUAUUCACUGAAUAGGUUUAACUCCUCUUCCAUGUAGUAUUACUGUUGGUUAAACCUUAAGAUGCAUGAGAACUGAAUGUUUUUUUACUAAACAUACUAAACUCAGAAAAAAAAGAAAUGUCCUCUCACGGUCAAC